AUGAAGGCUAUUUCGGUUUUGUUUUUGGCAAGCAUUGCUGCCGCAGCUGUUACCGACUCGGGCCUGAUUGCUUCCCGAAACGAGGUUGAUCGAGACCUUGAAUCUGUCACGGAUACUUCCACUCUUUUUGAGAGAGAUGAAGAUGACUCCACUCUUCAAUCACUCUCUUUGAAUGAGAGAGAUGAUGAAGAUGAAGAGGAGAGCCUCGUCACGAGAGAUAUCGAACUGGCUGGGUUAUCUGCCGAACUUGUAGCGCGGCAGGCUAAGAACACGACAGCAGGAGAAGGCAAAAAGAACAACGAAAAAAACAACCAGGACGGGAAGAAGAAAAAGAGCAACAAUUGCAAGUGCAGCAAGGGCAAGAAACGCGGCAAGGACGGGAAGGGAAAAUCCUGCCGAUGCCGAAACAACGGGAAGAAGAACAAAGACGCUGCCAAGAACAAAAAGAACGAUAAGGGGAAGGGAAAAAACAAUGGAGAGGCUGGAAAUGACAAGAAAAAUGGUACUGCAGCUGACAACGGAAAGAAAAACAACGAGAACAACAACAAUGGCAAGAACAACGACGCUAAGAAGCAGAAGAACAACGAAAACAACGCCAAAAACAAGGAUGCUGGGAAUGAGAACUCUGGGAAGAAGAACGACCAGAAGAAGGCUAACGGUAAGGACAAGGAGAAUGGAAAUGCCAACGCUGGGAACAAGAACAAUGGCACAGCAGUUGAUGACGGAAAGUCUAAGAAUAACGGCGCCAAAGAUGAGAAGAAGAAGAAUGGCGACAGCGCCAACAAGGCCAACCUCUCCACUGGUGCUGGUUCUGCAGCUGCCGGAGCUGCUUGA